UGCUCCGAUGAUAUAAAUUCGAGCGCAAGCCCCAAAUAGUCGUAUUCAUUUCUCAGUCGACGAGUCGUACGAUCUGUUCCAAGCCAGCCAAGAUGUUCAAGUUCUUCUUCGUCGCCGCUCUGGUGCCAGCGAUGGCCAUGGCCGCCGUCAACUUCCGUGCCUGCCCGAACGGAGCCCCCACCCCAGCCACUCUGACCGUGAACAACUGCGCCGGAGAUGAGUGUGUCCUGGUUGCCGGACAGGCCGUGAACGCCCGCGCCUCGGGAAUUGUCAGCCCAGUCGGAAGCGCCAGCGCCACCGCCCACAUCGUGGUCCGUAUUGCCGGUUUGGAUGUCGGUUUCGAAAUGCCUCCAGAGCUGACUGAUGCCUGCACGGCUGGACUGGUCGGUGGAUGCCCGAUCGUUGCCGGAUCCGCCUUCGACUACGUCCUGAUUGAUGACUCCCUGGAUGUGCCGGCCCGUGACAUCCCCGUCGAAAUCGAGGUCGGUCUGACCGGUGAUGGUGGCGCUGCCCUGGCUUGCGUCCGUUUCGAUGCCAGAAUCCAGUAAGGUGGUUGUCUAGAGAAAUAAAGUGUCGUUUUGUAGGAAAAAGGAA